AUGGAGGAGUCAUGUCCUUCUCAGAAGAGCAGUAGGGAAGGGAAGGUAGGAACUGGAAGAAGGAAGAAGGACGGACCCAGAGAGAGGAUGGGGAGGCACUUGACUCUGGGCCACCAGCAGAUAUUUUCUGGGAACACAGUGGUGAUGUCGUUCCAUAUUUUUGAAUUAAGAGUAGAAAUAGCAGGACCUCCAGACUCACCAUAUGAAGGUGGACGAUAUCAACUAGAGAUAAAAAUACCAGAAACAUAUCCAUUUAAACCUACUAAGGUCCGGUUUAUCACUAAAAUAUGGCAUCCUAAUAUUAGUUCCGUCACAGGGGCUAUUUGUUUGGAUAUCCUGAAAGAUCAAUGGGCGGCAGCAAUGACUCUCUGCACGGUAUUAUUGUCAUUGCAAGCACUGUUGGCAGCUGCAGAACCAGAUGACCCCCAGGAUGCAGUAGUAGCAAAUCAGUACAAACAAAAUCCUGAAAUGUUCAAGCAGGCAGCUCGACUUUGGGCACAUGUGUAUGCUGGAGCACCAGUUUCUAGUCCAGAAUACGAAAGAAAGAAAGAAAACCUGUGUGCUAUGGGCUUUGAUAGGAAUGCAGUAAUAGUGGCCUUGUCUUCAAAAUCAUGGGCUGUAGAGACUGCUUCUGAGUAA